UCGGGCUUGUGUUCGCCAGUUCUGGUUGUCCGGUCAGCCACGCCUUCAUUGAAAGCUCUGCGACAUAGCUCGCUGAUCCCUCGGAAUCCGUUGAGCCGCUGGGCCACCCAUCUCCGUCGCCAGACAGGGUAGCGGCGGACCUCUCGCGGUGCAGAGUUCGUCUGUCAAGCCGGAUUCGCUCACAGGGCCCGUCCUGUCUCUCACUCCAGGUUUACCGGCAUCCCAUCCGCAUGGAACAUGAUCACCGUUAGUCAUUGCAUGAGCCUGGCCACAACUUCCCUGCAGGCGUACUACCUUCGGCGCCUCAGCAAACCAGGUCUCAUGUCCCCGUCGGAGGAGCCUAAACUCUUGGAUUCCACACCGACGCUGGCAGUGGCUGCCGCAGAACCAUUGGAGGUCACGGUCCGAACGAUCAGUUAUCAAGACACUUGUCCCCUGCGGCAAGAAGUUCUCCGGCCAGAUUUGGACGUUGUAUACUACGACGGCGACCUCGACGACACGUCGAUUCAUUUCGGCGCCUUCGUUAAUAAUGAGCUAGUCGGAGUUAUCUCCAUGUUCCAGGAGGACUUCAGUGACGUCAAAGCCGAACAGAAGCCGGCCUGCCAUCUACCUACUCCCAGGGGAAACACACAAUGGCGGAUUCGGGGCUUCGCAGUUGCUGCUAAAAUGCGAAGCAAGGGACUGGGUACGAAGCUCAUAGCCGCUUGCCUUCGACACGCUCAGGAACGAGGAGGUCGCAUGUUGUGGUGCGUAGCAAGAUGCACCGCCGAACUGGUUUACACGCGGCAAGGAUUCAGCACAACCGGAGAUAGUUUUUUCAUCGAGGGAGUCGGCCAAGUGUGCCACAUGUUUAGAACCGUAUAAGGAGAACCCGAGUCGUGCCGUGAACUCCUUCCGGAGUCGUUCGAGAUCACGGACUGAGAGCAUCCAUCCCCACCUUCGCCAAUCCCCUCCUAAUCACCUGGCAGCCUCACCUGGAAAACGUGCAUGUUGAACGAACGAUGAUGAAGUUCCGAAUACAUCUGCCGCCGCAGCAGUCCUCGACGUUGUCGGAAGGGAUCCGUCUCGAUGAUCUGGACCGAGCUCGUCAACCGCUCAAUCGAGAAGUUGUUUCGUAUUUUUCUAAGCAAUGCCGGAAAUUACCCGUUAGCAGCCCAGCAUUAAAAUCGAAACGUCCAAAACCACCCAAAAAUGAACUCGAAUAGUAGAGUAAUUGUUCCUAGGAAAGGGAAAUCCGGGGGAGCUCUUCGACCGUUCGGCGGACUUCCCCGUCGACCGAUAUCGAGACGAUGAUGUCGAGAGACAAUUGUUGAAACGACGAAGCGCCAAGUCAUAGCCCGGAAUGAUGCUGGCCGCCCCGUCGUGGUACAA